AUGUCCCCAUUUCGUCUCAUUUUUGGAAAGCCAUGUCAUCUUCUUGUGGAAAUAGAGCAUAAAGCAUUAUGGGCUAUAAAAAAUUUAUGUAUGGAUGAAAAAUCAGCUGGUAGGUAUAGAAUUUUUCAACUACGUGAACUAGAGGAGUUGAGGAAUGAAGCUUAUGAAAAUCAUAGAAUAUAUAAAGAAAAAACUAAAACUUUUCAUGAUAAAUACAUUAGCAGAAAAAAAUUUGAUGUUGGACAAAAAGUGUGGUUAUAUGAUUCUAGGCUGAAAUUAUUCUCAAGAAAAUUAAAAUCAAAAUGGAAAGGGCCUUAUGUGGUGGAAGAGACAUAUGAUCAUGGGGCUUGACGUGACUCAGUCGUUGUAUAUUAAAUCACGCGAAUAUAAAAUUUAUAAAACUUGAAAAUACGAAUUUUCAGAUAUUUAGAAGUAUUUCUGAAUAAAUAUAUCAAUUAUAAUUUAAUAAAACUUCCAAAACUAGCGGUAAUUUUCCAAGUCGAUCACAUGGAUGUAAUAUAAUAUCUGGUAAUUAUUCAGAAUUUUUCUCAAUGAAUACGAUUUUCUAUGAAUUUUAUACUAGGAAAUAAAAAGGAAAUAUAUUUAAAAUUCAUGAAAAAAAAGGAAAUAAGGGUGCAGACGUCAGGAUGACAUCAGCGCCCGGCGAACGUGAAUCAGGUAGAAACAGAGUUCUGCCCGGUAAUUCUUUCGUAAGCGAUUAUAGAUGAUUUAAUUAAUCAAAUUAAGAUUUGUAAAAGCCGGAAGAAUCGUAAUUAAACAAAGUAUAUUUUGGUAAAUUAAAAACACAAAAUAUAAUCACUAAAUGAAGCGUAAAGUAAGUUUGAAAGCAGGAAAACAGAGUUCCGGCAUCGCGACAACGAUGCGUCGGCGAUGUACUGGAAUCCUGAGCGUUCGGGAGGAUCGUUGUGCGGUGUCCACGGCCUCGAAGGCUCUCCUUGGACAAAGACGACGUGGGCAAUCUCUAGAUCUUCUCACAAAGUCUAGAGAUCACUGAAAUAGGUCGUCGAGUCGUCUCCGGCGGCUGUCACCCGGCGGAGCGGAAAAACAGCGACUUUGCGGCUCUUCGGCGGCUGUCACUCAACGGAGAGGAGCUGGAUGGAGGUGGGGCGCGUGUCAGGGAGCUUCAUCCUCAGGUCUGCGCAGCAAGAGGAGGCUCUUCAUCACAUCUGGUACGCUCUCAGGAGGUGGCGACUCGUCUCCCGGCGGAUCGUCCUCUUCCCGACGACGGCUUGUUCGUUGAUCAAUCGGAGAUGA